AUGUGGCCGGCGCUGAACCUCUCCGCCUCCGAUGACUCCAACCUGACCGGCUUGGACCCCCGGAGGCCGCCGGAGCUGGACCACCGCUCCCUCAAGGUGAGCAUCAUCGUGGCGCUGGGCGUGAUGAUCACGCUGGGGAACGUGGCGGUCCUCCUGGUCAUCACCUCCUCGGUGGCCGGCUGGUCGAGGAACUCCCGGUACCUGCUGCUCUCCCUCACCGCGGCCGACUCCGCCUUCGCCCUGCUGGUGAUGCCCCUGAACCUGUGGGUGAGUCUGCUGAAGGACUACACCCAGGGGCCCGACGUGCUGUGUCACGUCGUGGCCUUCUGCAACGCCACCGUGUACGCCACCUGCAUGUACACGCUGGCCACCAUCAGCCUGGAGCGCUACGUGGCGGUGCUGUACCCGCUGCAGUACUCCACCCUGCUGACCCGCAGGAGGACGCUGCUGCUGGUGGCCUUCGCCUGGGGCUUCCCUCCCUGCCUGCUGUGCCCCAUCACCUUCCCGGACAGCAUCAUCGAGGUGCACUUCUCCGCCGCCUCGCUCGUCUGCAACCCGUCCUACUCCACCAACAUGGGCUACUCCCUCGGCUUGACCUGCUUCAUCUUCUUCCCCUGCUCCGUCGUGAUGACCUACGCCAAUCUGAGAGUGUGGUGCGCCGCAAAGAUGCAGCGACUCAGGCUGCGACAGUACGAGUGUGCGCGUCGCGGCAGACACAACGUGGCCUCCAGGGUGCUCGUGCCCGUGAUGGCAGCUUACUACACCUGCUGGACACCGUGCAUGGCGGUGAUGAUCUACAAUGCAGUCACAGGGAGCACUGUACCGGAGUGGGUCGAGUUUGUGGUUGUCUGGCUGCCAACCUCCAACGGCUUCCUCAACUGCAUCUUCUACUUCUGGAUAAACCGAAGCUUCCGCAGGAAAUUCCACCUCGUCCUCCAGAGGCUGACUCUGGCCCUAUGCCCCAAACUGGCUGACGCUCUGGGAUGCUGCAGCGCCGCUGAGACCCAGUUUGUGUCAGGGAUUAUGGAUAAUAACAACUCUCUCCAUGAACGCUCUGCCAGUGUGUCCUCCACCUGCACCCUCUUAUCAUUAGCCUAG